CCAAAUCCAAGCUCUAGCACUGACUCCUUUGUCUACGCAAUCCAUUCCUUUUUUUUUUUUGGGAGAAAUCUUCCUCUACAAAACCAAAAAGAAGAAAAAGUAGCAGAGGCCAUGGCGAUUGCAGCGGCAGCUGUCAUCGUCCCCUUAGGCCUCCUCUUCUUCAUUUCAGGCCUCGUCGUUAAUCUCAUUCAGGGGGUUUUCUUUGUUUUUAUUAAGCCUCUAUCAAAGAGCUGGUACAGGAGAAUCAAUAAAGAGGUGGCGGAAUUGUUGUGGCUGGAGCUCAUCUGGCUACUUGACUGGUGGGCAGGGAUUAAGGUCAAACUUUACACAGAUUGUGAAACAUUAAAAUUAAUGGGUAAAGAACACGCACUUGUCAUUUCCAAUCACAAAAGUGACAUUGAUUGGCUUGUUGGAUGGGUUUUGGCUCAGCGGUCAGGUUGCCUUGGCAGUGCAUUGGCUGUAAUGAAGAAGUCAUCAAAAUUUCUUCCGGUCAUCGGUUGGUCUAUGUGGUUUUCUGAGUACCUAUUUCUGGAAAGAAGCUGGGCCAAGGAUGAAGGCAAAAUAAAGUCAGGUCUCCAACGACUAAAAGACUUCCCUCGGUCCUUUUGGUUGGCUCUUUUUGUGGAAGGAACUCGCUUUACGCAGGCAAAGCUUUUAGCAGCGCAGGAAUAUGCGGCUUCAAAUGGAUUGCCUAUUCCUAGAAAUGUUCUGAUUCCUCGUACUAAGGGAUUUGUUGCAGCAGUCAGUCAUAUGCGCUCAUUCGUCCCAGCUGUAUAUGAUGUAACUGUAGCUAUUCCUAAAAGUUCACCUGCACCUACAAUGCUCAGAAUGUUCAAGGGGCAACCUUCUGUGGUGCAUGUGCACCUCAAGCGACAUUUGAUGAAGGAAUUGCCUGAAUCAGAUGAUGCUGUUGCUCAAUGGUGUAAAGAUGUAUUUGUGGCCAAGGACUCUCUUUUGGACAAACAUAAUGCAGAAGAUACUUUCAGUGGCCAAGAGCUGCAGGAAAUUCCCCGCCCAUUAAAGCCACUGUUGGUUGUUGUCUCAUGGGUUUGCCUGGUUAUUUUUGGGGCCCUGAAGUUUCUCCAGUGGUCUUCACUUUUAUCGUCUUGGAAGGGCAUUGCAAUAUCAGCAUUCUGUUUGGCCACUGUCACUGUUCUUAUGCACAUCUUGAUUCUCUUCUCUCAGUCAGAGCGUUCUACACCUGCAAAGGUUGCCCCAGCCAAGCCCAAGAAUAUCAGCAAGCCUGGAGAGUUGAGACAAGACAAACAACAGUAAAUCAGAGCUCUUAAGGGAUUGGUAACUUCAUCUCAAUCAUAUAUUUUUGUGGACUUAUGAUACGUUUAGGUUGUGUAUUGGCCUGGAGUAUGUCCGUAUGCAUUUGUUUCAAACUCGACAUUAGCUAUGAUUUUGUUUUUUUGUAUUGACAAAGUUUGUGUGCAAUCAAUUCAUUAUUCACUGGUUAACUAGGGUGACUUUGUAUAGACUAUUCAAGGGGCUGUUGUAGCUGGCCCCAAAUUAAACUAGUCAUUUUGAUUCA